GGUGGUCUGAAAGAUUGCCGUCCAAGUGAGAGAGGCAGCCGCGGCUUGGCCUGGUUGCCGCCUCAACCCAUCCCCAUUCCAUCCCCAGCGAAAACUUGCUUCUUCACUUCCAAAAUUUUUAUCUGCGAAUUUUUCUCUGAAAUUAGGGUUUCAGUUUGUUAAAUCCCUAAUCAUAUCGUCUAUGCUCGUGUUAAUGAUUCUGAAAAUCACUUCCAUGUUCCUUACGAAGUACCGCUGCAACUACCGCAAGUUGAAUUUCUGUAAUCGGAGCUGAGUUCGGGAGGGAUUUUCUUCCGCUUUUCUGCAUUUUUCUCUAUCAAUCGGGCCCGUCAUUGAGCCUUCAGUAUUUCAUCGUUCUUCUGAGGCCUCUGCCAUUUUUGGCGCCUUCAACUUUUGAGUGCCUUGGCUGCUUCAUCUCGUCAUCUCCGCAUGGUUCAGUUUCUGAUUCUUCAUGAAGAGUGCAUUUUCAAUAAUAAAUUUCUGCUCCAAGCUCAACUUUGGAAGAAAAAGACCAUGCAGAUAUUUUGCAACUGCCAAUUCUGCGUUGUCUUCUUUCAACUAUGCGGACGAGGACUGCUUUACUUCUGAACUUCCUGCUGCUACUAACUCUGAUGUUGACUCUGAAGAACAAAAUUAUUUUGGCAAUGACGUUCAAGUUUCGAAAGGCCUGAAAGCUGAUGAUGAUGAAAUGAAACUGAUAAAAUUGAUACUUGGGAACCAUGGGUUUAAUCUUGGUUCGCAUCCAAAACAAUUGGAGAUCGUAAGGAUUUUGGAUAUUCUAUUUGAGGAGAGUUCAGAUGCACGACUUUGUCUUUACUACUUCAAAUGGUCAGGAUGUUUAUCUGGAUCUAAUCGGUCGCUGGAGUCGAUCUGUAGGAUGAUACAUAUUUUGGUUGCUGGGAAUAUGAAUCAUAGGGCAGUUGAUUUAAUGUCACAUCUUGUUAAAAAUUAUGGUAGUAAAGAGGGCUUUUCAACUAUAUUGCUGAAACUUUUCUAUGAAACACACCAUGAAAGGAAGACUUUAGAAACCACAUGUAGCAUGCUGGUUGACUGUUACAUCAAGGAAAGAAUGGUAACGGCUGCUCUUAUAUUGAUGGGUCAAAUGAAGAGCUUCGACAUAUUUCCUUCUAUAUGGGUAUACAAGUCGGUGAUACAAGCUUUAUUACAAACGAAUCAGUCGGAGUCAGCCUGGGAUCUUCUAGAAGAAAUGCAUAGGCAAGGUAUAAGUUUAAAUUAUUCGAUUAAUCUAUUUAUUUAUCAUUAUUGUGCAAAAGGUAAUCUGAGCAGGGGGUGGAAAGUGCUUUUGGAGUUGAGGAAAUUCGGAUCGAAGCCUGAUGCAGUUGAUUACACAAUUGUGAUCAACUCACUAUGCAAAAUCUCUCUUUUAAAAGAAGCCACUGCCUUGUUGUUUAAAAUGACUGCUUUUGGUGUUUCCCCUGAUUCCGUUACGAUGAGUUCUGUUAUCGAUGGUUAUUGUAAACUAGGAAAGUUGGAUAUAGCUUGUAAAAUAUUGAAGUACUUUAGGCGUCCCUUAAAUAUUUUUAUAUACAAUAGCUUUAUAACGAAGUUAUGUAUGGAAGGAAACACGGUAAAAGCUUCUGAAGUUUUUCUUGAAAUGUCUGAGGUGGGCUUAGUUCCUGACUGUGUUAGUUACACAACCAUGAUAGGAGGCUAUUGUAAAGUGGGAAACAUAAACAGAGCAUUUUCUUACCUGGGGAAGAUGUUAAAAAGUGGAAUACGACCUUCUGUUAUCACGUAUACUUUGUUCAUUGAUUACUUUUGCAAGCGUAGAGAUGUCGAAAUGGCUGAAGUUAUGCUCCAAAAGAUGAUUAUUGAGGGUUUAAACCCCGAUGUUGUCACGUAUAAUAUUUUGAUGGAUGGAUAUGGAAAGAAGGGCUACUUGCACAAGGCUUUUGAACUUCUCGAUACGAUGAGAUCUACAAAUCUUACACCUGAUGUUGUGACGUAUAACACUCUCAUUAAUGGUCUCGUUACGCGAGGGUUUCUUCAAGAGGCAAAGGAUAUGUUAGAUGAGCUCAACAGGAGGGGUUUCAAUAUAGAUGUUGUCACAUACACUAAUAUCAUACAUGGAUAUUCGAAAAGGGGAAACUUUGAGGAAGCUUUUCUUGUUUGGUUUCAUAUGACUGACAACUGUGUAAAGCCUGAUGUUGUUACUUGCAGUGCUCUUCUUAGUGGGUAUUGUCGAGAACGGCGUAUAGACGAAGCAAAUGCUCUAUUUUGUAAAAUGCUGGACAUUGGGUUAAAUCCAGACUUGAUAUUGUACAAUACUCUAAUCCAUGGAUUUUGCAGUGUUGGUAAUGUGGAUGAAGGUUGCAAUUUGGUUAAGAAGAUGAUCGAAAACAGUAUCCUUCCGAACAAUGUUACUCAUCGUGCACUUGUUCUCGGAUUUCAGAAAAGGAAGGUUAUCGAUCCAAUAGAGAGUGCCACUUCUAAGCUUCAAGAAAUCUUGCUUGCAUAUGAUCUGCAGAUUGAUGCCAAUGGAUAUAUCUAAUGUUGGAGAAACAAGAUGAUCGCAGCAUUUUGCAUGUGGCCAGUCCCCUAAAUCAUAUUAUUCAAAUAUUUUGAAUCAAGGGUUUCUCGAGCAUAUCGAGUGCUCUGGGUCCGAGUUUCUUGGGAAAUUGGGGCGGAGAAGCAGCCCAAGGAGGCUGAAUUCGGCUAGGUUUUCCGAGAUUGAACCAGGUGUUGAAAUUUUUUCUUAUGGAUGAGCUUAGAGUGCCAAGAUGCAAGGAAGUCAUGCCUACUCCAUCUUUUGAAUCGGAAAUUCAGUUCACAUUAUUUUGCAUAAACAAACAAUGAUUUAACGUGUUGGACACAGGCAAUCCUACCGACGAGGGCAGACGAAAAUGACCAUUGUGCCCCUCUUACCAUGUAAAGUCUAGAUGCUGGUUCUGGGUUUGAUUUGGAGGAUCAGCAUCUCAGCAUUGGAGCAAAUGCAUUGAGGGUUUCAAAAUAAAAGUUCAUUCUAUUUCUAACCAUCAUCGUGAUGAGUUGACCUACUGAUGAACGAGAGUUGUGCAAAUAAAUAAUAAAUGGCUUCGAGAGAAUAGGUAAUCGGAUCAUGGCCUUACCACUCGGUCCCGAUGGGCAGCAGGUUAAGUUAUUCCAACCCAAGUUUAUGGUUGAAAUCAGUAUUUGGGCUAGUUUACGUGAGUUAUCUCUUAAAACAAUGACGUGACCUUCCAAUAUUGGAGCUUAUGAAAGUUGUAGUGUAUUCAAUAUCGUAAUCGCUUCUUUCCUCUUGCAACUUUACUGCAUCGAGUAGUAUCAAAAUAUCAAAAUCUUGAAAAUGUCGUGUGCUCUUCACUAUUUGAGUUAACUCGCUAAUUUAUUUGUUUAA